AUGGACUGUGGUGUCGCCAUGUUUGCGGAUGACAGUAAGCUCUGGAGCGUCAUUCGAACUGCAGAUGACGAAGAGCAUCUGAAGGCGAACCUAAACCGACUCCAACAGUGGUCAAAGGCCUGGCUUCUGCCGUUCAACGAGAAAAAGUGCAAUAUUCUACGAGUCGGCAGAGCUCGCUCUCCGAACCAUAUGGCCUACUGCCUAAAUGGUAUACCACUGCAAGAAGUGGACUCGCAGAAGGACUUGGGAGUAUGGAUUACGACCUCGCUCAAACCCUCGCUGCACUGCACGAAGAUAGCCAAGUCUGCAAUGUCAGUCCUCUACCUUGUCAAGCGGGCUUUCUCUGCCUUUGAUGAAGACUGCUUCGCUAAAGUCUUUCGAACUUUUGUGCGUCCGCAACUAGAAUUUGCUAUCCAAGCUUGGAAACCCUGGACCGCGAAGGACCUCAGCUUCCUUGAAAGGGUUCAAAGGCGUGCAACGAAACUUGUGGCAGGACAGGGUUCACUACCAUAUGCAACGCGGUUAGCUAACCUUGAUCUUUUUCCCUUGAGUUACAGGCAGUUACGGGGUGACCUGAUACAAGUCUUCCGUAUCAUACGCGGUCAGGACUGCAGGCUCGUACCGGGGGACUUCUUCUAGUUAGCAACCACCACAAAUCUACGAGGCCAUCCAUUCAAACUACGUGUGACAGGGGCCAGACUGGACACACGAAAGUUCUUCGUUUCCAACAGAGUGCUAGAAGCCUGGAAUGCCCUGCCUGUGGAUGUGGUUAUGUCUGCUUCCGUCGAGGUCUUUAAGAGGAAGCUGGAUUUGUGUAGCAGUGUCCACUAAACUACCACCCCGAUCUCUGUAACCUCGAGAAAUUCAGUAAUUAUAAUACUACUUGUUAUAUUUCAGUAACAUUUUAAAUUGAAUGUAUUAUUGUGCCAACCCAUCGCCUACCCUUACGGACAUGCACAUAUGCCAAUUUUGUCACUGGGUAUAUUAUUUAUUUCGCUGCACUCGAAACGACAGCUCUACAACUGCUCGUACCACUAAAAUUCGAGACAGUUUGUUUGUCUGUACAGACCUGACGCUUUUGCGAUUUUUUGUUCCUUUAUGAUACCUUUUCGAGUUUUUGAGAUUUUGCAGUUGCUUGUAAACAAGUAGGGAGUUCAAAGGUGAAGACCUACAUUUCCCUCAAUAAACUGAACUGAACUGAACCAGUUUAAAAAAAUUUAUCGAGGUGUAGGCCACGGUCUGGCAUGCAUGUUGCUUUUCGAUACCUCAAUGCUGACUUAGACACGAUUUAAAAACUCUACCUGCAGUGUUUUGUCUAAUGGGACAUACCACAGUUUUGGGCUCAUGGGAUACAGUGCUAGUUUUUAGGUUCACGUGUUAAACAGGAUCGCUGAAGAUGAAGCCGGACAAAAUAUGAUACAUUCAAGUAUAUGGCUUGCCUGACUGGUGUUGUACGUCAGCUGUUUACGAAUCAAUCGCCAAAGAAUUCAAAGCAGUUAGAUUGAUUAGUUUUUAUAUUUGAAUCUCGAUCUCUAGUUUGCAGGCGCUUUUCGAUCAGAAAAUAUAUUAUGUGAUUGGAAGUUAAAUUGAUUGAAGUACAAUCAUCGGGGUAACAAGUGCCCUCACAACACUUGCACAUGCAUAGCUUGCACAGAAUUUGACUGCUGCAAUUAUGGCUGUGCUUUUGCGCGUAUUCUCACACAGAUCCCCAAAUGAGAUUUUUUGCGUUAGAUCAUCAGUUAUCCUGGAAUGAUUAAGUUAGUUUUAACAAUCUUUCUGACUUAUUUAACGUCAGGUUUUGCAGCAAGUGAUAAUUUGUAUUUCGAGUCAGUGCGGGAAUCUGCUGUCAAACUCUCAGACGCUAACCGAUGAACUGUUACCUGCCACUAUACAGGCCACAUUAGUGAAAUGACUGUGUCGUGUGCGGGAAGAUGCUCGGCUCCCGCAGAAUACCCCUGUUUUCAGCGCGUCGAACCAGGACGUAUCAGGGAUUGGAAGCUAUUAUUGUGCCACUAUCGUAAUGUAUAUAAUCUUAGGUAGUGUUUUUCCGGUAACAAACUGCAGUCUUACAUACUGAUGUAGACAUUUGUACAUUUUGCCUCCUAACUCAUGAAAUUUGGCGAAAUUUGCCAAUGAUUUUCAAUCACUUGAAAAUGGACACUAAUUCAUGAUGUAAUUUAUUUCCUAAUUACGUUCAACUUUAAAAGUAUUUAAAACAUAAAUUAAAUAUUUAUGUCAGCGGUGCGUUGUUUAUUAGUGCCAAUUUAUUUUGAAAAGCGCAAUAUGCCAAAAACGUCAGAAGUUCCUCUCAUUUAGUUAACUUCGUUUUAAAAUGUAUAGAAUACAUUCUUACAUUAAAACUAUAGUAAAUAUGAAAUUAGAUGUAAAAUAACAUCUAGUACUUUGUUGUAGUGAAGGUUGCAUCUAAAUAUCGUUAAAUAAUUCGUGUGGUUUCAUACGUUACGAUUUGUCAACUGCCAACAUUCAAAGUGUUGAUUCCAAAACAGUUUUCCAGUGAUUCGUGUUAUUUUUGACUCCCUAAAAGUGAAUGAGAUGGCGUUCAACCUUAGAAGCUGGAUUUUGCUUGAUUCCACCGGUGGGAUCUGCGUAGAAACGAAAUAUUUGUAAGGUCACAUGCUAUACGGUCGUUUGGUGCCUAGUAAAUUUAAAUAGAACUGGCAGGCCUGAUUGUAAACAUACCAUUUUCUGUUUCUAAGGAGAACUUUUAUUUCGUUAAAUUAAUUAACGCUUUUCCUUCGUUUUGGAUUACGUCGAGUUUCAGAGCGGCCUCGAAAUAUUGCUGAAUACUUCACGAUAUUCAGUGUUUUCAAGCGAUCGUCCAUAAAGACAGGUUCUUAAUUACCUGUAUGUUGAGAACUUUAAAAUAAUACUAUUGUUGAGGGCUUUUCUCAAAGUAAGAAUUGCUCGGACUCUCCUUUUCACGAAGAUGGUCGUUUGGGUCACAUAUGAUAACUGAUCCAAACAUCAAACUUCGUUUGCGUGAAAUAUGACUGUCCAAAACGAAAAUUAGCAACGAAUAUGCCUUCGAUCAAUAAGAAAACUUUCCUUAAUAAGCUACUUCUUCAAGAAGUGCUUUAUUACUGCACUCCGUUUACGGAUCUCUGUGUACUUUGCAUUUUUGCACGGUGAGGCCAAGUAAAAAUCUGACCCAUUUAGUCGUUUAUCUCGCGAUCCUAAACAAAACUAAUUUUUUUCUACCGUUAGCGUAAGAAAAUGCCUUACUCUAUACAUUGAGGCCAUUUAUACUAAUUCGCUUGCUUUGAGGCUCCGUUCAUUGAUCAUGAAUGCAAUGCAAUGCGUCCAUAUAAACAUUGAUAUUUCGAUGAAAUUUUUAUUGUUUUGCUCGUUCCAUUUCUGAAAAAAAGUAUGCACAGAAGCUAAACUACACGACAAGUAGUGUUGCAUAUGUUUAAAGCUGGAAAUUACCAUUCUGUGGUAGCCAUUUAUGUGACAUCAGGUAGCAUUUUCCAAACGGCAAAACAGUUUCAUCCUAUUUAAACGGCGUAAUCACUAUCUGUGUUAUUACGUCAAUUUAGAGCACCGAAUCGCACAGAUCUGUUUAUUUGACCUUAGGAAAUUGAUCAAACCUCUGUUUUUUUUAAAAUAACCUUUGUGUUACCAGAUUGACCAGCACGGUUGACAUCGGACAUAAAAUAAAUUUUCAAGCUCGGCUAAAUCUGUUCAUUAAAACACUCGCUGGUAAAUUACUAUCCUUUGAAUGAAAAAUUCGCUCAGAUGCGUAGCCGGAGUCUAGGACAUGUAUUAGUAUAAGAAAUUGCACCAACAUAUUCCAACGCCCAUUUUCGCUAAAAUGUACCGAUAUUUUACUUUAUAUAAUUAAGUAAACACAAUUUCUGCACAUAAAAAGGAUAUUUUACUGAACGAAGUUGAUGACCGAUCAAAGUGCUCAACGUUAAGGUCGUCCAGAAAUUCUUUCAUCAGUUUUCGUCAUCAGAUUUCAUGAGAUGGGUCACGUACUCCAUAUACAUUUACCUGCAAUGCUUGAUUAAGAUACUCGCCGAUGAGUUCAAAUGAGAAUCUGAAACUUCAGGAGAAAAAAGCUUUUGUUCCAGCGGUUGCAUUAAUUUCUUAUCUUAUUUGACGGCGUUUGGCUGUCUCCCUUGCCUAGUCAAAUCCUCAGGAUUUCUAAUCUUGUCCCUGUCAACCAUUUGUUUAAACGUCUGUCAUAUUUUCAUUUGUAAACCGUAACCUCUGAAUCAACCUUUUAUUUAUAUUUUUGCAUCGCCUUGGCCUUCGUCAGUCUAGAAAUUAUGGAUCUCCCUUAUAGAGAGGCGGAAAUUCCAAUGACAGUAUUUAGGGGACAAGUUUGCGAGCUUGUGUUCGCUUUCGAUAAAUUCUUAUCAGUUCAACACAUUUAUAUGGAAAUGGCACUGUAUCAAAAACAUGUCAGUCACUAGAGAAAUCGGCUACAUUUUGUCUUAAAACGAUGACGGGAUGUGGGAAUGUACAAGUGCGUAGGAAGGGGAGAAGUUAAAGCUGCCAAUGCCAACGACAUAGUGAGGGUGGAAGAACGUGAAGAGAUGCAGCGUUGGUCAACCUUUUACCACGGUAGCUGCGGAGCCUGAAAGUGGUUAUUCUGUGUGCAAAAGACUGGUUUUCGUAACCAUGGCUGACAUUUCUGCUUCUGCUGCUAACAGGCUCUGGCCCAGUAAUUUAGAGUCACAUGAUAGGACAUUAUAAAUCAUGAGAAAAGCUUCGCUGGAUUCCAGAAAAAACACGGGAUCAACAACUUUCGCGCGAAAGACGCUGUUUAUGCUUCUAGUUUCGUCUUUUCGCUACCAUAUCGGGAGUUGUUCUCACAUCCUCUAGGAUAGGCGCCGACUCGUGCAACUAGUAUCAUCUGUUCCAUAGGAGCGAGUGUAGGAGGCGAUGCGCAUUGAUGUUAUAUAGGCUUCCGACCUAUCUUUACCAUAUCCGCAUGGAAUAGAGCUGGUAGAGAAUAGUAUUUUAACCUUUACUACUCGGAGGGAUCGGCAGACAGGCUGACCAAGACGUUUUUUUAAGGAGUUCAUGCGCAGCCUCCCCUUAAAUAGGGACUUUCAGAAGUAGCGUUUACUUUUCGGCAGUCAGUGUUGUGGGUUUUUUCCGAUCGCUCAGCAAAAGGACGCUGCAAAAUGGACUCAUGAGAAGGCGCCUUAACCAAGCCGUUUCACGGACCAUUUCGCCAGCAAAAUUCAAGUUAUGUUUUCGACCAACCCCGUCUUACGCGGGGAAGGUAAUGUUAGACUACCAACUGAGACCACCUCUAUGAGCAUUUACUUCUUUACUAACCUUUGUGGAGCAGGCCAUAAUGAUCUUACUAGUCGGCGAGAACGUCUGCCGGCAUGGCUGACGAAAGAUAAAGUUAAGAGCGUAAGACUGUUCGGCCGUCGACUACGAUGACGUCUACCGUGUGCUAAACAGCUAGGGGCAGCAGGCACGCGGACUUGCGCGUGAACCAGCUUAUGGUGAUGUUGGAUAUGCGCAGCAUCUGCCGCACUCCCUCUUCCCCACUCCCCACCUGGAGUCGGUGUCAAGACAGAGUCAAAAAGACCGGAGGCAGGGGAUGGCGUAAGUGGCUGACGCAGCCGGACCCACAGCUAGGCGUGCAACCACUCCCCUGGCCCAUAAAAUAAUCUAGACCAGGACUUUUCACCAAAAACAUCAGCAACACCCCAACAGCGGCCAUCAAGAAGCGGAUGGUGACUGGGCAGUGAUGUCAACUACCUGUAAACCCAGCGGGAGCGCAGACGCAUCAAUGGGCAGGAAACCAGGAAGUCUUGCGCAUACCAGGCUGCAAAAACCAUGGUUUGCUGAUAAUGGUGGACCUUUUGAAGGUAAGAGCACACACAGCUCCAUCCUCGCGUAUAAUGUUGAUUUUGGGCAUCGUUUGGAGCAUAGCGAUGCUUUCGUAAGAUUUACAAGGUUCCACCUAUCCUAAAGCAAGCCAGCCCCCGCCACUUCUGGUUCCAGGCGUCGUUUCCGGCCAAAACGCAAGCCCAAACACCAGUCCGUUAAUAAUACACCGAGUCUCUUGGCUGCUUUCCAGCUCAAUGUAUCUGGUCGUAGAAAAUGUUUUGACCUCUUGCUCAAUGGCCAUGCAGUUCGCCUUCAGUUGGACAUUGCCUCCGAUAGCACCAUCAUAUCUGAGAGACUCUGGCAGUCCCUUGGCAGCCCCACGAUGCAACAGACUCCCCAGUCCGCCACAAGCGCGAGCGGUGAUCUCGUACAGCUAAUUAGGCAACUGCAAUGCUGUGUGUAGUUCCGCGGUACCAGCAUCAUUACAAUCUGCUACAUCACCAAGUCUGUCCUCAACCUACUUGGUCUCGACUGGAUUGAACAACUGGGGUUAGCCGAUAUGCCACUCCGUGUUGUUUGAAGUCAGGUGCAGAUUCCUGCUGUGCUUGCAGAUUAAGCCUAUGACAUUCUCCUACGGUUUGCUGCAGUGUUUCGAGACGGCCUGAGUCGUUGCACAUACAUUCAAUCCGUACUACAUCUGUCUCCUGGAAAUCAACCAAUCUUCUGUCCAAAGCGACCAGUCACAUAUACAGCCCUAUCACUUGUCGAGGCUGAACUGAAGCGUCUAGAGGAACUGGGAGGUCUAAUUCCUAUAUCUUACUCCGCCUGGGCUGCUCCAAUCGUUGUGGUUAAGAAGCCCAAUGGCUCGAUCCGCAUUUAUGCUAACUUCUCCACCGGUCUCAAUGCCGCGCUGAUGCCGAACUGCUAUCCACUACCGGUUCCGGCUGAUCUUUUGACCCUGCUGAAUGCUGGCACUUGUUUUGCCAAGUUGGAUCUCGCUGAUGCGUAUCUGCAGAUCGAGGUCGCCCCAGAGUCGCGCGAAGUUUUGACCAUCAGCACCCACCGCGGUCUGUUCCAAUACACCAGGCUGCCCUUUGUUGUCAAGACCGCCCCGGCCAUAUUCCAACAAACGAUGAACGCAAUUCUCUCCGGCAUCCCUGUCGCAGCUGCGUACGAGGACGACAUCAUUAUCGUGGGCCGCUCCCCUGCCGAUCUGCAAGACCGAGUAUGGCUUUCGCCUACGGGCCGACAAGUGCCAAUUCUUCCUCGAAUUCAUCAAGUACCUCGGACUCAUUUUUGACGUCACUGGUCGCCAUCCACAUCCUGAAAACAUUCGGGCCAUCCAACGGAUGCCUGCCCCCAAAGAAUGUAUCACAACUUCGUUCGUUCCUUGGCCUGAUCAGCCACUAUAGCGCCUUCCUACCAUCGCUGCAUGACCUAUGGGCCCCGCUCAACCGUCUGCUACAGAAGGACGCUCCCUAGUGCUGGUCCCCAGACUGCGACAAGGCCUUCGCCCAGCUAAAAUCAAUGCUGAGUUCAGAUCUACUGCUCACGCACUACGACCCGACGCUGUCGAUCGUUGUUGUUGCAGAUACAUCCAACAUCGUAUUUGGUGCCGUCAUUUCGCAUACUUUUCCUGACGGGUUUGAAAAGGCAAUCAUGCAUGCAUCUCGCACGCAACUUCUGCGCAGAAGAACUGCUGGCAGAUAGAGAAAGAGGCUCUAGCCCUCGUAUUUGCCGUCAAGAAGUUCCACUUCACUUUGUUAACGGAUCACAAACCAUGGCUGUCAAUCCUCGGUUCGAAGAAGGGCAUUCCCAUCUAUUCAGCCAGCCGACUUUAGCGAUUGGCAACCAUCCUUCUUGACUACGAUUUCGACAUUCGCUACUGUCGCGCUGCAGACUUUGGUCAGUCUGACGCACUUUCUCGCCUCAUCAGCAAUCAUCCGGAACCUGAAGAAGACACAGUGAUUGUCUCUGUUUCGAUUGAGGACGACGUGCGCUGUCAGCUAUCAGACGCCAUACGAGGUAUCGCUGUCAAUGCCGCGGACAUCCGACGUGCUACUGAAGAGGAUCCUGUCCUCCGUCAGACCAUCACCUACGUACAGACCCGCUGGUCAACCACUGCUCUAGCUGGCGAACUUCGCCACCUUUUCCUCCGCCGAGCAUCGUUAUCUGUGGUUGACUCCUGCCUCAUGUUUGCGAACCGUGUGGUGAUCCCAUUUUCUCUCCCACCCACUGUUCUACGCCAGUUCCAUGUCGCUUAUCCUGGUACCAGGCGAAUGAAGUCAAUUGCUCGAAGUUUUGCUUACUGGCUGGGUAUCGACGGUGACCUCGACGACCUGUUUCGACGCUGUUCUCGAUGUCAGCAAGCUGCCAAGAUGUUGCCCCGUCAACAUCCAAUACCCUGGCAACCACUGGAGAGCCCUUGGUCAGGCAUGCAUAUCGACUUCGAUGGCCCACUUACCGGAGUGUCCCACCUAAUCUUGAUUGACACCUACUGGAAGUGA